AUGAAGGAGGAGAGCCUGUUGAGCCGCCGCCGCUUCUCCACGUGCGGCGGGACGACGUCGGCUCGGCCCGCGCACCCGGACGGACGCAGGCUCAUCCGCAACGCCUCGUUCGGGGGCUAUAACGAGCUGUCACCCAUCUCGCUGCCAGAACAAGAUGUGAGUGCUCUGCUGACGCGUUGCUGGGGCCGGCGGGGCUCAAGCCGGUUUAACCAUGCACGGGUUCCAGUGAUACCUCUGCGAAAGUGCGCCCCGCCGAAAAGGCUGCGAACCUGGAGGCGGACAGCUGGCCGCCAUCUGAGCUUUCAAAGAGAGGACGUCUCCUCUCCCUCCACCUUUGCCCGGGCAUGUCUCCGUCAGUCUGCAGUAUAUCGUGACUCACCUACAAACUUGAGCCUCACCCACAAAGGCACAGGUUUCGAGAGAGGGAAGGAGGACCUUUUGCCUCUGCCCUUGAAAGAGGACUCAAAUUCCAUAUCUAAAAGCAAGUCUGAAACCAAACUGUACAAUGGCUCAGACAAGGAUGUGUCGGCUUCUGGAGGAAAGCUCACCAAGAAGGAGUCCCUUAAGGUGCAGAAGAAGAACUACAGGGAGGAGAAGAAGAGGGCGACCAAGGAGCUGCUCAGCACCAUCACAGACCCUUCAGUCAUUGUCAUGGCUGACUGGCUUAAGAUCCGUGGCACUCUAAAGAGCUGGACCAAAUUGUGGUGUGUGCUGAAGCCGGGUGUCCUUCUCAUCUAUAAAACUCACAAAAAUGGACAGUGGGUGGGGACAGUGCUGCUCAACGCCUGCGAGCUGAUCGAGAGGCCCUCGAAGAAGGACGGUUUUUGCUUCAAGCUCUUUCACCCGCUGGAGCAGUCCAUCUGGGCUGUCAAGGGUCCAAAAGGAGAAGCCGUGGGUUCUAUCACGCAGCCAUUACCCAGCAGUCAUCUCAUCUUUCGCGCUGCCUCUGAGUCUGAUGGCCGGUGCUGGAUGGACGCCUUAGAGCUGGCCCUGAAGUGCUCCAGCCUGCUGAAGAGGACCAUGAUUCGCGAGGGGAAGGAGGACAUGAGCACAGUAUCCACUGGUGGAGACCACUCCAUUAACUUCUAUAGCCUACUCAGAGCGCACAACAUACACGGUUUCCAGUUCAACGAUAGUGACCACUUGAAAGACCCGGACCUGUACUCGGAUAAAUCGGACCGUGAGGGAGAGCAGGACCAUGAGGAAUCGGACCCGGAGGGCCUGGAGAAAAGCGAGGAGAGCGACAGUGACACGUCGGAGCGCCAAGACGACUCGUAUGUGGACCUGGAUCCAAACGAACAUCUGCGCGAAACCCCGUACCUGGAACAAUCCCACGAGGAGUUAGGGGAGGCCGGCGAGGCUGCUCAGACAGAAACCGUUUCAGAAGAGAAUAAAUCUCUGAUCUGGACCCUGCUAAAGCAGGUUCGGCCUGGAAUGGACCUUUCCAAAGUCGUCCUUCCCACUUUCAUUCUGGAGCCUCGAUCCUUCCUGGACAAACUGUCUGAUUACUACUACCAUGCAGACUUCUUGUCAGAGGCUGCUGUUGAAGAGAAUGCCUACAAUCGGAUGAAGAAGGUGGUGAAAUGGUACGUCUCUGGAUUUUACAAAAAGCCAAAGGGGUUAAAGAAGCCUUACAACCCCAUUAUCGGAGAGACCUUCCGUUGCAUGUGGCUCCAUCAGAAGACCAACAGCAAGACCUUCUAUAUCGCCGAGCAGGUCUCCCACCACCCACCAGUGUCAGCCUUCUACGUCAGCAACAGGAAAGAUGGAUUCUGCCUCAGCGGGAGCAUCCUGGCUAAGUCCAAGUUUUAUGGUGCGGACAGCACGAGCCGCCGUUCAUCUCAACUGACCACGGUCCACUUCGUUUUAGGAAACUCCCUGUCGGCUAUAUUAGACGGAGAGGCCCGCCUUACCUUCUUGAACCGAGGAGAGGACUACGUCAUGAACAUGCCCUACGCUCACUGUAAAGGUGGGUGUGCUUUCUUACCUCACAGCAGGCUUCACAGAGAAUUCAUGCUCUUGUCGUCUGUUCUCAACGAGUUUGCAUGUGAUCUUUUAGGCAUACUGUACGGAACUAUGACCCUGGAGCUCGGUGGUCAGAUCACCAUCGCCUGUGAGAAAACGGGCUACAGUGCUCAGCUGGAGUUCAAACUGAAGCCUUUCCUUGGCAGCAGCGACUGCGUCAAUCAGUUCUCUGGAAAAAUCAAGCUCGGAAAAGAGGUGCUGGCUACGCUAGAGGGACACUGGGACAGUGAAAUCUUCAUCAAUGACAAGAAGACCGGGAUGGUGGACACUUUCUGGAACCCCACCCCAGACCUGAGACAGAGCAGGCUGAUCCGCCACACCGUCCCACCGGAGGAGCAGGGGGAGCUUGAGUCCGAAAGGCUGUGGCAGCACGUUACGCGGGCCAUCAACAACAAGGACCAGACGGAGGCCACAAACGAGAAGUUCAUCCUGGAGGAAGCUCAGAGGAAGUCGGCCCGCGAGCGCAAAGCCAAAUGCGAGGACUGGGUCCCGGGCCUGUUCGAGCAGGACCCCGUCACCGGGGAGUGGCAUUACAGAUACGCUGACACACGGCCUUGGGAUCCGCUCAACGACUUGAUCCAGUUUGAGAAAGAGGGCUGCAUCCAGACCAAGGUCCGACACCGCACCCCUAUGUCGUUUUGUGACUGUGCGUUAAUUUGCCAAUCGGAACAGGUAACGGUGCCAAAGAGGAAGCACAAGAGCGACAAGCCCAAGAGCCCAGAGAGUGGCUGCUCUUCACCGGAGCCUGACCGCCAAGACUCGUCUGGCAGCGAACGACACAAAAGCAAACAUAACAGUCGGAUAAGGAAAAAAGGUGCCGACCUCAGUGAACUUCAAAGUGCCAUUGAAUCUAUAAAGAAGACGCAGGAAGACAUCAACAGGAGCAUCACGGUGCUGCGGAGUCGCGCCGUGUCGCGCGUGGAGAGCAGCUCCUUCCUCCAGCAGCGCGACUACGUCAUCAUAGUUUUCCUCAUCGUCCUUCAGGUUCUGAUCAACUACAUUUUCAAGUAGCAGCCAUAAUCCACAGGGGGUGGAGAUGGGCCCCCCGAGACAGGCUCCAAAAAAAAACACAGCGGAGAGCCCUGGACUCAGCCGCUCACAAAGAAGUGGCCGCCGGCUCCUCCGGACGUCUUCUUCUCUGUCUUUAUUAAACCCGUAUACUCACGUCCAGAGAGGCAGAAUCUUCCACGUGUAGAGACUUUUUAAAAAAAACUCUUAUUUAUUUGUUAGCAGGCCAUUCCAAAUCUCAAGAGAGAUCCGUAGAUUUCAAGCGAAAAGAGGAGCGGCGAAAAAAGAAGUCGCUGAAGGAGUGUUUUGUUUUUUUGUUGUUGUUUUCUUUUUUGCUCUUGACGUCCGUUCCGGAGCUUCUUGAUUCGCCUCGUCGUAAGGGGCAAAGACAACAGCCAUCUUUUUCUUUUUUUUUUUUAAAGGAGUUUUUGUUUAAAGUUUGUUUUAUCUAACAGAUUGUUUCCACUCUGUUGAAACGCAUUUUGCUUCAAAAUGACAGGGAUCCAUUUUAACGCGGGAACGAGGACCACAGCUCAGAUUAUGACAGACGAGCCAGAUUCCUUUGAUUUUAAUGCCCUUUUUUUUUUUUUUGAAAACAAAAUAUUUUUUCCCUUUUCUUAGUGCGUUCUUUGUGAAUAGAAGUUUCAAGAAAUGGAAAAAAAAAAACAUGGGAAGGGAGAGAUAAACAAUGUGGUCCAAUCUAUGUGACGUUUGCGUGUUUUCAGAUCCUCUAAUAUUAGCUGUGGAUUCCAAAUGUGGAAAAUGGAAGAUAAGGACAUAAAGCGUCAAAAAACUAAGAUCUCAGUAUGUCUAAAGUCCACCUUUUCCACAUACUAAGCCAUUGUUUGAAACAAUAAAAAACCCAAAAGGUCAGAUAUUUUAAAAAGGAUGCGGUAGAAACUAUGUAACCAACAUGGUGGUUAGUAAAAAGCCCCUUUGUACAGGAUUUUCUAUAAGGCACAAAUGCACUGGAAAUGUCAGAUUUUUUCUUUUCUGCGUUUCACAAAUCUAUAAUCUCUUGAUAUUGUCAGUUGUUUGUUUUUUUCGUUGUUUUUUUUUACUCCAGUGACCACUGCCCUGUUAGUCAACAAAAAGAAACUAAGAUAGUCGUGUCCAAUGGUGCGUAGUUGACAUAUAGAAGGGCCUUAAAUGUCACUUUUAAAUGGCAGUUUGAUUCAGAAAUACAAGUAGAAUAUCCGACUAGCGUGUAGCCGCAGACUCCUGUGCUUUCGUCCUCGGGGCCGAUCCAGAGCGACCGCCGCCUCCGUCGAGCCUCCGAUUUUCAGCAGGAAAAACUUAGAAACAAACCGUUUAGCGUAGGCUCUUUUUAUCCAGCCGCCACCAUUAUCGAACUGAACCAUUCCAGAUGUCCGCCAGUACCAGCCAAACCCCAGAGCAUCCAAUUGGUCGGCCCUCUCCUCACUGUGUAAAUACUGGGAUGGGCGACCGGCUGUCCAGACACUGGCCACGUGCACGGACCUCUCUGAUCUGUCUUCUUCUGUCUUUCCAUGCACCGCUUCGUGCGCACACGUGGACAUGGGUUAAAGGGAAGAAGAGAAAAAAAAAAAGAACUAUUCAAGCACAUUCCCACACGAAACAUUUCCAACUAGAGAUACCAAGUUUGGCAUAUGUAUUUUUAAGUCUCAGAGAGGAUCUUGGAAAAAGGAUAAGUCCAAAAGAGCAAGUCGACUGUACGCCGUACAGUAAGUUUCCAUUAAAACAUCAAAACAGCUUCGAAAACCAGCUUUAAAAAAAAACGUCACAUCCCAAAAAAACUCUUCAUUCAUUGAAACAAAAGGAGAUUUGAGAUUUGUUUGACACGGAUCCGCCUCCCAUAGCCGGCUGGUUUUCCAUCCCGGGUGGAGGCAACAUUUCACAACCCAGCUUGACCUUUUUAAAGCAGAUAUCAUUUAGUUGUUUGAAAUUUUCCACCGAAAAAAAAAAAGAUCCAAACCACUUCAGUUACCGCACUUGAGCUUUGAUUUUGUACAUCUCUUCGCCUGUCAUGACGCUGGCCUUGUCGACGUUUACAUAUCUGAUUGCCUCCGCUGUCAUAAGACUGUUAAGUGACGAAAAAAACGAGGGGGUAGAAAGAGAGACUAGUAGCAUCGGCGGGAGCCCGCUCGCUCUCCCGGAAGUGACCCGGCUGGCCCGAGUGCGUCUGUAUGCACGUUUCCGUUCACUGCCUCAGUCGCUCAUCUUACGUACAGAAUCCAGAUGUUAGAAUGUGGAGAAAUAAGUACAUACCAGUGCCUUCUAGAGUCAGACAGGGGGGCGGGAGUGUGGGGAGUGGGGGGGUAUAGGGUAGGUGAGGAAGUGAAAAGAAGGCGGGAGUCCUGUGGGGAGGUUGAAUGUGGAGCAUACAGACAGAGUCCGAGUUCAAAAGGGAGGAAAGGAGAAGGGGGAUGGGGGGGGGGGUCAGUGGAGGGACCGGGGCUCCAGCUGUUCCGGUCUGGACGUGCCAUAUGAAGCCUUAGAAAACGAGUCCCACUCCACGGGUCGCCUCUCCACUCAGCUCUUGCCUCCCCUCCUGAGGUGUCGCCAUAGUAACGCACUCUUUGUUUUCCUGGAUGUUGAUCCUGCCACAGGAAGGGAGAGAGACAUCUCCUCUCCACUGUCCUCCUUCUCUUUCUCUUUCUCUCUCUCUCUCUCU